AUGGCACAUAACACGGAAGUGAUUACGACUGCCACUACUUCUGGUGUGACUCUCGACUCCGACACCAUGUUCUACAUUUUCUACAUUCGUCCCACAGCCGAUGAGGUCCUGCCUGUCGGCUUCACUGGAAAUGGCGUCACUGCGCCUGAUGAUGCUGUCACCACCAACUUCAUCUUCUAUGGCACAUACUUGAUGUGGGAGUAUGAUGACGGCUCGUUGUCGGAUUCGUUCCGGGCUAAGGAGACCAACGUGACCGGUGUCUAUGAGCUCUACUAUGAUUUCUCGAACCUGUAUCCGUCUGGAUAUAAGACUCCGGUUGUGAAGUCGUCGUCCUAA